AUGCCCUUAGUAGACCAACCACAUAAAGAUUUUAAUCAACUUCUUCCCCCACUUCCCCUCAAAGAUCAGAAUUUGCAGGACAGUUUCGAUCCCAACGACGACAGUGGCAAGCGUGUGAAUUGUGCUCCAUUUGUUCACAUAAGUGGUGAUAAGUCGGUGGAAUACUGUUCGGCUGCAGGUAUCGUCAUAGUUGAGUCGCAUCCUGGUUACAGUACGCCGGUGAUGGCAGCAGCCGCAAGUGGAACGGAGCGGACGGUCGAGGGAGUAGCAAAUGCUAUUCUCAGAGUACUGUUAUUGAAAAAUCACGCCGGAGAAGCUGUUAAUCCAGAAAAGGUCUAUCUCAAUCCCGCAGAUGGUAUGGUGUAUUGUGAGGAACUUAAGAAUGCAUUCUUCCUAGACCAAUUUAACUUCAAAUGUCAUCGUAAGCAAGUAUUCAAACCGGAUCGUUCAGUGAUGAUUGCUGAAAGAUUUCUUUCAUCUAGGAAUAUGACCUUCGCUAUGACCCAAACAUAUGGCGAGUAUAAUUAUGCUGUAGGUUACUAA